GUGGUGGGCGGGCGCAGCUAAGAAAAUUAUAAGGUCAUUUGAAUUACGCUUGCUAGCGAGCUUAUCGGCCACAAUGAACUCAGAAAUGAUAUCAGGGAUUGUGACAAUGAACGGAUGAUGAUCGCGGGGUCGAAGUCGACGCGCACAGCCAGGCGAAUUUGAUUCCCGACCCACCGGGUUGAGAAGAGCAGCCGCAGCAGCUCGUUGUGGUAUUAACAACAGGAGGGGAUCCCGGUGCGUGUGUCCGUCUCUGUGUGCGUUUUUCCGUGAGCCUCUGUCAAGCCAACCGAGCGGCGGUGAGGAGCGGAGGAGGGGGAGACCAGGCUAGCCUAUAAGCCGAUCAAGGUGGAAUCGCGCACACCGAGUUUCACGUCAGGGAUUUGUUCGCACCUACAUGCUUUGACGGUGUGAGCGAAGUGUAAGGAUGAUGCGUCUAGCGUGUUGUACAGCCCUGCUGUUUGUGCUGAGGCUGCUGGUGGGCUUGCCUUGGUACCAGGUUCUCCCGGCCAUCCUGAUCUUCUACCUGGGAAGCGGAGGAUGGAAGUUCCUGCAGAUUUUUGCCAAAACAAUUGGCAGAGACUUACAUGCGGCAGGUGUACUAUUGCAGGUGAAGAUGAAUGUCAGACGCCACCUCAGAGAGAAGAACACGAUUGCCAAGAUCUUUGCUGAAACAGCGCGCCGCUACGGGGACAAAACGGCACUCAUCUUCGAGGGGACCGGGGAGAGGUGGACCUUCCGACAGUUAGACGAGUACUCCAACAGAGUGGCCAACCUGCUCCUGGAACGGGGUUUCAAGGAGGGUGAUGUGGUGGCCCUUUUCAUGGAGAACAGGUCCCAGUACGUGGGUCUCUGGCUGGGCAUGGCCAAGAUUGGAGUAGAGGCUGCUCUCAUCAACUUCAACUUGAGACUAGAGGCCUUGGUCCACUGUGUCACCAUCUCCAAUGCCAAGGCUGUGGUGUUUGGCUCAGAGCUGACUGAUGCUGUUUCCGAGAUCCACAAUUCAAUGGGGAAGGCGGUGCAAAUGUUCUGCUCUGGAGACUGGGACCCCAAACGAGUCCCACAGGGAACCGAGUGCCUAGAGCCCCUGCUGGCCGGUGCCCCGUCUCACCUGCCCAGCCAGCCACAACGCUGCUUCACAGAUCGCCUAUUCUACAUCUACACGUCAGGAACCACCGGGAUGCCUAAAGCUGCCAUUGUUGUGCACAGCAGGUACUACCGCAUGGCAGCUUUGGUAUAUUAUGGCUUUAGGAUGACACCAGAUGAUGUGCUGUAUGAUUGCCUUCCACUCUACCACUCUGCAGGAAACAUUGUGGGGGUGGGCCAGUGUAUCAUACAUGGCAUGACUGUCGUCAUCAGAAAGAAGUUCUCUGCCUCACGUUUCUGGGAUGACUGUGUCAAAUACAACUGCACUAUUGUGCAGUACAUUGGUGAGAUCUGCCGAUACCUGCUGAACCAGCCAGUUCGGGACACGGAGCGGCAACAUCGAGUGCGCAUGGCACUGGGCAACGGCCUUCGCCAGUCCAUAUGGGAAGAGUUCAUGAACCGAUUCAAUAUCCCGCAGAUUGCAGAGUUCUACGGAGCUACAGAGUGCAACUGCAGCCUGGGCAACUUCGGUAACAAGGUUGGAGCGUGUGGCUUCAACAGUCAGAUUCUACCCUUCAUCUACCCCAUCAGACUGGUGAGGGUUGAUGAAGAGACCAUGGAGCUUAUUAGGGGACCUGAUGGAGUCUGCAUUCCCUGUAAACCUGGUGAGCCUGGCCAGCUGGUAGGCAGGAUCAUUCAGAAUGACCCUCUUAGGAGGUUUGAUGGUUACGUCAACCAAUCAGCAACCAGCAAGAAGAUUGCUCAUAAUGUCUUCAAGAAGGGAGACAGUGCCUAUCUCUCUGGUGAUGUGUUGAUCAUGGAUGACUGCGGCAACAUGUACUUCAAAGACCGGACAGGAGACACUUUCCGCUGGAAAGGAGAGAACGUCUCAACGACCGAGGUGGAGGGAACUCUCAGCAGGCUGCUAGACAUGAAAGAUGUAGUUGUGUACGGAGUGGAAGUACCAGGAGCAGAGGGAAAGGCUGGAAUGGCAGCCAUCGCUGAUCCAUCACACUCCACUGACCUGGAGAAGUUUGUGAAGGACAUGGAGAAGGCUCUCCCUCCGUAUGCCAGACCUGUAUUCCUUCGCUUCCUUCCAGAGGUCAACAAGACAGGAACAUUUAAGUUUCAGAAGACCGACCUGCGUAGGGACGGCUUUGACCCCAGCACGGUAUCGGACAGACUCUACUUCCUGGAUUCCAGCAGAGGGCGCUAUGUGCAGCUGGAUGAGGGGCUUUACCACUCCAUACUGUCAGGGAAACACAAAUUGUGAUGACUAGGCUGACCACUACAUUUACAUGUGCACACACUGACACACACACACACAUACAUACAUACACAUAAAAAUACAAUAUUUUGUCAGCAGGAUAGCAGAAAGCAGAACCUUGUCCCCAUAUACACACAAAAAAUAGCCAUACACAUUCCGUGCACCCAGCGUCAAAUGCCAACACAUUUACCCAUACACAACGUACAUGUUGUAUUCCCAAACCCACUUUGCUCUUUGAUCCCUUGAAACAAUACUUAUGCACGCCACACACACACACACACACACACACACACACACAUUUACACACACAUACACACAGCACCACUCCAUCCAUCCCUCCUGAAAUCUCCCUGGCAACUCCUCUCGCUACCUCAGCAAACACAGAGAGAGGCACAAAUCCAAUAACCAGGUCUAUUUGGGAACUUGAAACUACUCUUCAUAGCCACACAAUCCCUGUGCACACAGCGCUUAAACGACCCCGGCCUGCUCAUCAUGGUCCAUAUAACCAGAUGAUUUGCUGGGGGACACCAUCACUGCGACAGGGGAGGGUGAGGAGUACGGGCUGCCUGGCAUCCAGAAUGCAAAAACUUGAAUUUACAGAUAACCACAAACUUAAUGGAUGAUAAAGAGGAACAUGGACGCAGUGCAUACAGUGUGUGGCACGGCGGAGGGACCUAUGAGGACCUAAAUAUUCUCUCUGGUCAUUGUUAUCGUUGUUUAGUGAAAGACCGGAGUCUCUAUCGUUGACUUCACCUGCACAAUCAGCCAGCAGUGACAGACCUGUGUGACAACUACAGCUUUCCUCUAUCUGAAGUUAACUUAUCAAAGUCUUUUCUCGAACCCUCUGGUCUCCUUGUCUUCAUUUCCGUCUUUGCUCUUCAGAGCUUGGUGUGAAAAUGAAGAAAGGACACUAAAGGUUUUUUUUUUUAAAGGGAACACAUAAAGAUGUGAAGGAUUUUGGAAAGUCUUUGACAUGUAACCAGUGGCUCCAGAAGUCGAUUAGACCAGUGGUUGAAGCUGAAAGUUUUACUAAAGUGCAAUAGGGCUCCAGCAUCUGCAGUGCAAUAAUCAGCCGUACCACAUGAGAGCUGAUAUAAAACAAAGCUUUGUCUGCAUUACACCAAAUAUAUUUAAGUUGUAGUGUUUGUUUACAUAUUUAAGAAAAUAUGAAAGUUUUAGUAAUUUAUGUUGUAAAAGUUUUCUUUUUUUCUUUGUAGUGCAAAUGUAUCAGGUUUUUUACUGCUUUAUGUGUAUCCAAAUCUGUCGUCACAAAUGAAGCUGCAGUAUGCAUUUUAUAUCAGCUGCUGGAACACAAAGUAAAGUGAUGUGACUGAUUCAACCCUGGGCUAAAAGACAUGGAGCUAUGUCAACACUGUUCACUUACUGAGCUGAUGCGCAGUAUGGUUGUGUGGCUGUAUUGUGCAGGUUUUGUCGUAAAAGGUAGACUUUGCCUAUUGUAGGGUGCGUGUAUAUUCUUCUGAAACAUACGAAGAGGACUUGACUGAAGAGAGAGAAGCACCGAAUCGCCUGAUCGGCGAGGACUUGUGUUUUCAACAAUAUUCUGGUGCUAAAGUGGGACGUCCUGCCAGAUUCAGGAGAGCCGAACGAUCCAAAGAUUCAAAGGCGUGGAGUGAGGACAUUGUAACGGAGAAAAUGCAUCGAAAUGGAGCGGUAGAAGAAGAGAAAAUGUGCUUUGUCAUCGAUGUCUUGUCUGUUGUUUGCAGUAGCUGUCAUCGGAGGUUGUAGCAGCAUGAAUGAGCAUCGUCAACCACAAGCAGAGCACUGUGCCUUACUGUGAGUUCACCUCCCAGAUUCACAGGCCCUGGCCCACACAUAGUGUCUCAUAUGGUUCCCUGUGUUGGACUUUCACCUUCACUCUUCUCAUUCAGCUUCUAUCUACCAUAAUCACAUUUGUCUUUGUCCAAGUUCCUUGUCAUAGCUCUGGCCCAUAUUCUUGGGAGCUCGGAUUUUACUCAUCUCCUAAGAAACAAAGGCAGCCCAGCUACUGACAACUUCAUCCUGACAGGUGCAGGACAAGUUUGUGUUGAUGUCUCACUGGGCAAGAGUCCAAAUGUUGCGAGAUUGCUGUCACAGCAUUUUCAAGGACUCUAUCCUCCUUUCUUCCUUUCCCUCGGAUGUCUCAGUCCCAACUGUAACCUUAAUGUGUCUUCUAGCUGUCUUUAUUUGUUACCUGUUUGUUUCUUGGGUUGUCUCAUAGAUAUCACUUGCCCAAGUUUCCAUUUGCUCAGCACCUUUACGUUAAGCCUUUAUUGUCUUUCUGCCAACCACCCCUAAUUCUUUCCAUUAAACCGUCUCUUCCCUCUUUGCUCUAUCUUCUCUCUUUCUGACCGUGGCCCUCCAUCCCUUCAAUCAGGCACCUCUGUCUCAUCCUGGCUAUCUCUGUCAGGUACCAAGCCCCAUCUUCUGCCAUGUCUGCUUCAUCUAGCUGUGUGCAGACAUUGGUAAAAACAGUAGAAAACAAAUAUUUCCUAAUUGGAGAUCUUCAAAUGUUUAAUUGAUUUUUUUUGAUUGUUCAGGAGGUUUGGUAGCAUAAAGCUCCAGCUACACACUCCAAACUGUUUUCAAGUAUCUUUUGCAGAUGUGUGUUGUGUGUAGUCUGCCGUUACCCUGUGACUCCUUUUCUUACCUUUGCAACUCACCACAUCCUGAGUCUGCUAUGGUACAGCCAGGCAGGUUGUUUCCAACAUUUGAGGACUGGCUGUAAUAUAGAGGACUCACUGUUCUUCCUAUGUUUUACUGUGGUAAUGCUUAGACUUCUUUGUUUUCUGCAGACUGAUUCUCAAUAUGUUUCAACGGCUUUCCUUAGUUUGUACUUUGUGCUGACUGACACAGUUGACACUGAUAGCUGCAGUGUUGACAGUGUUCGUCAAAGUUGCUCUCACUCAUCAUUCCCCUUUUUGGGAAAAAGACCAACGAAGCCGUUUGACGGAAAUUGAGAUUCAUCCCUGCUUCCUCUGUAGUCUUAGUUCAAAGAGUCUGUCUCUCUCUCACAUGUAUUUGUUCUUUAAUGAUGAGUGUGAAAUGUUCUCAUGAAUGUCUGAGAAGCAAAUGAGCGACCAGUGAUGAUAAUGAUGAUGAUUUUUGUGAAGUAAGGUGUGAUUUACCUAUCGAUGGGAACACAGUUUGGCUGUUAAUGAUGCUUCUGACUGAGGGUUGCACUUGUCAACCCUGACCACCAGGGGGCGCGUGACUAAACAGCCCCACAGGAGAGCACUCUGAAUAAGAUGUUUCCAUUUUCACCUUUUUUUUUUUUUUUUUAAAUGAGUUUAAAUUAUUAUUUUUGAAGAACUGUUAAUUAUACUUUGAUCGUUUCACUGCUAAAUGUAUUUGCUCUUGUUUUCUUUGUGUGAAAUUAUAGCUUUGUGAUUUUGGUAUAAAAAAAGGGGGAUUCAUGCAUGAGUGGAAGACAAUCAAAUGGCUGUUGGGUUUUUUUGUUUGUCUUUUUGUUUUCCUUGAUUUUUUUUUUUUUUUUCUAUCUUUGGCGCAAGGAACCAGCCAAGGAUCUACCUUUCUGGAUUAAAUUGGUUAUAAAUGUUGACCAUGAGCCUGUUUGCCAUUUCCCAGAUAGGUCGAUGUAUAAAACAGCUGAAGGCCAUCAGAGAGUGAGGGGGUCUGUGGGACAUGGUGUCUUGAGUCCCCCUGUUUGACCAGAGGGAGGCGCUGUACCUUCACCAAUACUUUCUCAGACAAGGGAUAGUCAGUACCUAUGCCAUUGUUUUAUUAUGCAUUCCUUACAAUUACUAAUGAAAGGACCUAUAAAUAAACGUAAACUACUGUAGUUAGAAAUGUAUUGGUUUAAAUGAAACCUUACAUAAUAUUUCAAAAUAUAUUAAAAUGUAUAAAAUAUUCAGAUGGUUCAGUUGGUCUGUGGAAAAUCACUUCACCCCUUAUUAUUUGUGUUUUCGCUUCAAAAGCUUGUCAGAAUUUAAUGCCUGUCCCUAAUAUGAUUGAUGUAUGUAUUGAUAAAUAAGUUUAUUCAGUCAAACAUAGAAGUGAACAGUUUUAUGAGAAAGCCUCACGGUCAUCUAACUGUCACCACCCUUCCCAACUCAUAACUGAGAUCAGUCAAAAUAACCAGAGUCUCUGAGUGUAAGUCACCUCAGAAAAAAAACGACUUGUGAUCAUAGAACAAGUGGCCUCUCAGUGCACAGUGAAGUUCACGAUCACGGGAGGAUCAUUACACACCAGGCAGGCCACAGAUCACACACACUAACUGAUGACUUGUGUGCAUGUGUCUGUGUUGCCUCUGAUCAACAUUUCUCACCCUGCUUUUUGCACUUUUUUUGUUUGUCUUUUGCUUCCUGUCAUGGUCCUCAGGAACAUCAAACAGUGCUAGACAAGGAAUAUGUUUGCCUAUGUGUGUGAAAGGGUUUUUUUUGUUUGUUUUUUAAUAAGUUCAUUGUCUCAUUGCACAGACAGGAGCUCUAAGCUUGUGCGGAGUGCGUAGGGGAGGUCUGUGAGGUGUGCUGUGUGUGUGAGACACACACACUGAUGUCCUCUUGUCCACUUAAGGCUAGCUGUGUACAUCAUGCAUUCAAGAACAUGAGAUAAAAGCUGCAAAUGGAAAAUCAUUAUUAAUAAAAUUAUUUAAAUUGUU